UGUAUUCCAUUUUUUCAUUGUAACAAGUGAAUUUUUUUUGGAAUGCACAUGAGUUAAACAUUCAUGAAGUUUUAGUUCCAAAAAAUGCAUUCCAGUUACUAGGUCUGGGCAUAUAAUCCAAAACCCGAACCUGAACCCGAACCCGACCCGAAUAACGGGUAUCGGUUCGGUUAAGUAUUCUGGGAAAUACCCGAUUGGUUUUGAUUAGACGAUAUAUCAGUUAUCGGGGUCGGUUCGGUUUAAUCCAAUAUCCGAAAGGUAACCCGAAAUAACCGGAAUAUAUAUACAUAUGCUGAUAUACAUGUAUAUUGUAGCCGCUACCUUAAUAUCAAAACACGCGUACCAUUAUUAAUUUAGGUUACCGAGUUUAGCUUUCUUCACGCGAGGCAAUUCCUCGUCUUCUUCAUCUAGAAAAAAAACCCUAAUCCCGUAUAAAAUCAAAUUGACUGAAGAAAAUCAUGUUUCAAAGCCGAAAUCGGGAAUUCUAUCCAUCUCCACCAUCUACAAUUUCUCAAAAUCGAUCUCAGAUGGAUUCUUCAUCAACUCCAAACCGAGUUUCUUUUGACAACAACAUAGAUGUAGAGGAUGAAGAAGAACAAGAAUUGCCUACUCUGGAUAGUAGAGGCAAACGUAAAGAUUCUUAUGGAGCCAGUGGAGCAACGUUCAAUGCUACGAAAGCUCCUAGGAUUCUUCCUCCAAGGUCAAAAAUCUGGAACCAUUUCACAGGGACAAAGGAUAACCGUGACAAAUGUAUUUGUCAUUACUGCAACAAGAAGUUCUGUUGUAAAACAAAAUCGGGAACAUCAAACUUGCUGAAGCAUAUCAGCAUAUGCAAACAGUUCUUUGCAUUUUCUGAUGGCCAAAGCUAAACUCAGCAAGUCAUCAAUGAAGAAGGAACUCUGAUGACUGCAAAGGUCAGUGAAGAAACCUUCAAAGAAGCAACCAAUGAGAUGAUGGUGAUAGGAGAGUUACGAUUAUGUUGGGUUGAAAGUGUGGCUUGGAAACACUUUUGUAACAAAAUGAAUUUAGACAAACCUGUGUCAAGGAGGACAUCAACAAGGGACAUUGUAAAGAUGUACAUGGAGAGGAAGCUUGCUAUGAAGAAGUGGUUUAUAGCAAACAAGCAAAGAGUAUCUCUGACUAUUGAUAUUUGGGAGGCAAAAAUAACCCAUAAGAAGUUUCUUGAAUCUUAAAUCAUUUCAGUUAAAUUAGUAUAUACUGAUACUGACUUUGUUUCUAAAUCUCUACAGGGGAAAGUUACAUGGUGGUGACUGCGCAUUACGUUGAUGCUUGUUGGCGUCUGAAGAAGCUUAUUAUUGGGUUCAAACAUGUCAGCGAUCACAAAGGUCAGACAAUCUCUAGGUUUCUUUUAGAUGUCUUGGCUGAUUGGGGAAUCGAAAAGAUAUUCUGCGUAACUGUUGACAAUGCAAUUGCUAAUUCACCCGCGUUGAGAAGAUUUCAUAGUCAGUUCUCUUCAGUGUCUGAUGAUGCAUUUGUUUUAGAUGGAAAUUUUUUGCAUAUGAGAUGUUGUGCACACAUCAUUAACUUGUUUGUGAAGGACGGGUUGACUGAUGCUAAUGAGAGUGUGAAUGCAGUUCGUAAUGCUGUAGUCUAUGUUAGAGGUUCAGGAAAUAGGUUGAUAUCCUUUGAGCAGAAAGUAGAAUCCGGUAGAAUGACUAGAGGGAGCUUGCCUUUAGACGUUACAACCAGGUGGAACUCCACUUACCUGAUGUUGAGUACAACUUUGAAGUUUAGAGCUGCGUUUGACAAGAUGGAGGAAGAGGAUUAAUUGUACAACGAUUAUUUUUUAGAGAUGGAUAACGGAGGUAAGAGAGCUGGACCUCCUCAAUACACUGACUGGAAAGCAAUCGAAAGACUAUGUCGGUUCCUAGUGAUCUUCUACAACUCCACACUGGUCGUGUCUGCGUCAACAACAGUCAAUGCUUACAAAUGUUACGAGGAGAUUGUGAACAUAGCCACCAACCUUAUGGCGUUAAGUCAGAGCAGAGAUCAUGAGCUGAAGCGUAAGGCUGUGGAGAUGUACAAAAAGUUUGACAAGUACUGGGAUGGGGUGAAGAACAUUAACAAUAUGUUAAUUGUGGCAACAGUUUUUGAUCCAACUAAGAAGAUGGUGCUCGCAAGCUUGUGUUUUGAUGAGCUCUAUGGGAAGGAUAGUUUGGAAGGGAAAGCAAUGUAUGAUUCGGUGAUUGGUAUUUUGCGCAGUUUGUUUAAUGAGUAUGGCGAAAGAUAUGGGAAGUCAGCUGCUGGGAAACCUGAUGAAGGAAAAAAUAGCAACAGUCAAUCCAAUUCUUGUAGUCGAGAACUGAGCAUGGUUAGUAUGGAUCUAGAUGACGAUGGUUUAGGCUACAAGAGAAUCGACCAAAGGUACAAGGAUAUGCUUAAUGAGAGUGGAGUAAAAGACAAUCGGGACGAGCUGGAUAUAUACUUGAAAGAAGGAGUUGAGAAUCCAGAUUUGAUGCCUGGUGUAGAGUAUGAUGUCCUCCCGUUUUGGAAGCGAAACUGUACCAAGUUCCCAAUUCUCUCACAGAUUGCAUAGGAUUUCCUUGCACUGCAGGUUUCUUCUGUUGCAUCCGAGAGUGCAUUCAGUACGGGUGGAAGGAUCAUAAGCCCAUCUCGAAGCUGCCUUACUCACUUCAUGGUUGAGGUAUUGAUGUGUACUGAACAAUGGCUUAAGCAAGACAUUCAUUGUGAGUCAAGAGUGCUUACUAAUGCACAAAUCCUUGAAGACAUUGAAAAACAAGAAAAGAUAGAGAGAGGUAUGUCAUCUUCUAUUUUACAAAUUCAAACGUUAUAGCUUUUUAUUUUGUCUGUGUUGUUGGGGUCAAAAACGGUUACGACGAAGUUAACAUUCAAAACGUCUGAAGAAGAAAAUGAGAACUUUCUUCGACAAAUACUUUUUCGAAAUAGAUUCUUUCUUACGAAAA